AUGGAACUCUUUGGCUCAUUGGUGUUGGUUUUAGUCUUGGCUGUGUUGGUGUUGGUCAAAUGGAAAAGAAAGGCGAGUGGACUUUCUUUGCCCCCUGGGCCGCUGGCACUGCCACUGAUGGGAAACUUGCCAAUAAUGGACAAGCGUGCACCCUUUAAAAGCUUUAUGAAGUGGAGUAAAACCUAUGGGCCUGUGAUGACGGUGUACCUCGGGCCUCAAAGAGUGGUGGUUCUGGUCGGUUAUGAUACAGUGAAAGAGGCUCUAGUGGACCAGGCAGAUGACUUCAAAGACCGAGCCCCCAUUCCCUUUCUGCACACAAUUCUGAGAGGCUACGGUUUGACUAUCAGUAAUGGAGAUCGUUGGCUUCAACUGAGGCGGUUCACUCUCACCACACUGAGGGAUUUUGGAAUGGGACGCAAACGAAUGGAACAGUGGAUUCAAGAUGAGAAACUACAUUUGCUGAACAGUUUUGAAGAAACCAAAUCGACACCAGUUGACCCAACCUUCUUCCUGAGCCGGGCUGUGUCCAACGUGAUCUGUUCCCUGGUGUUUGGGCAACGCUUUGAUUAUGAUGACAAAAGCUUCCUGCACUUGCUCCAGAUCAUCUCCAGACUUGUGCGCUUUGUCAGCAGCCCUUGGGGCCAGCUGUACAACAUCUUCCCUAAACUAAUGCAGUUAUUGCCUGGUAGUCAUCAUACCAUGUUUAGAGAGGUAGAUGACAUCAAAGCCUUCAUUAUGACAAAAAUCAAGGAGCAUGAGCAGAAUUUGGACUUCAGUGACCCGAAGGACUUUAUUGACUGCUUCCUCAUCAGACUCAAACAGGAGAAACACAAUCCUGACACAGAAUUCCACAAGGAUAACAUGUGGGCGACUGUUAUUAAUCUGUUUAUAGCUGGUACAGAGACCACAAGCACAACUAUCAGAUACGCCCUGAUGAUGAUGAUCAAACACCCCCACAUACAGGAGCAAAUUCAGAGGGAGAUUGAUCGAGUUAUUGGACAGAACAGAAUCCCUACAAUGGAUGACAGGAAGUCCCUUCCUUUCACUGAUGCUGUGAUUCAUGAAGUACAACGGUAUUUGGACCUUGUCCCACUAAAUCUUCCCCAUUAUGCCACGCAUGACAUCAUGUUCAGAGGUUACGUAAUACCAAAGGGCACAGUAAUUCUUCCCAUGCUGCACUCUGUCCUAAGGGAGGAGGUACAGUGGGAAACCCCUUGGACAUUUAACCCGGAGCAUUUUCUGGAUGCCAAUGGCAACUUUAAAAAGAAUCCAGCCUUUAUCCCUUUUUCUGCAGGUAAACGCUCUUGUGUGGGUGAGUCUCUGGCUCGUAUGGAGCUCUUUCUGUUCAUCGUGUCUCUGCUUCAGAAGUUCAGCUUCAGUAGUCCACAGGGUCCAGAUGGCAUAGACCCCAGUCCUGAACUCAGCAGCUUUGUCAACAUGCCUCGAUUCUAUGAGCUCAUUGCCUCCCCCCGCUGAGCAACA